ACUCUGAGGCCCGGACGAGCGGGGACUGUGGGCAUCUCUCCCGAGUCCCAGCCGCGUCCCGCCCGAGAGGCUUUUGGCCCCCAGGCUCCACGCCUCCCUCUGAGCCCCGGGCGUGUGCGUGAGCGCUGGGGACACGGAGUUCACAUACGGCAGCCGAGAACAGGGCGUGGGACGAGUGACGCAGCUGGGGCAGCGCGAGGCAGCCCAGGUGACCUUGAAUGGUCGGCCUUUCCCUUAAAAGUACCCCGUUUCCGGGUCCGGCCCGAGAAGCCAGAGAGGAUCAAUCGGCUCGUGACGGGAGCUCAGUUCGGACAUUCCAGGAAGGUACUUCAACCAGCUACAAUGUCAACAGACAGUGAUAUUACUCUCUCCACUUAUGAUGAGACAUCUGGAUCAAAACUUGCCCGAAAAGCUAAAGAGGCACCAUUUGUCCCAAUUGGAAUGGCAGGCUUUGCAGCUAUUGUUGCAUAUGGAUUAUACAAACUGAAACACAGAGGGAAUACUAAAAUGUCUGUCCACCUUAUUCAUAUGCGUGUGGGAGCUCAGGGCUUUGUAGUAGGAGCAAUGACUAUUGGUAUGCUGUACUCCAUGUAUCGGGAAUAUUGGGCAAAACCCAAACCUUAGGAGGAAAGAUGCUGUCUUCAUGUUAAUAUUUUAUAGAGCUAGAAUACCUCACAUUGAGGUCUUUUGUUUAUGCUUAAAAAUAAAUGAUCUGGGGGUAUAUGGUUCUAAAAAGCAGCACAUCAGACACAAUCAUGAUAUUUUGAAGAUUUUUUUUCAUGAAAGCUUUAGUUUCCCAGGUGAUUCAAAGUAUACUGAUUAGGAUCCAAGAGUUAAUUAGAGGAGCUGAGUUAGUACAAAAGUAAAUGGUUAUUGAAGCUUACUUGGGUGAUAAAUUAUAUUCAUAUUUCUCAAAUCUUGAAAAAUUAAUGAUGAAAAAAUUAAAGGCCCAAGAUUUAAACAGCUCCUAUUGUUUUAAGAUGGGAAGCUGCUUUAACACAAUUCAUUUAUUUCCUCCUUAUUUUGUAGAAUAGUAGAAACUUCAGUGUCUGGGGCUGCCUGGCUUUGACUAGAGCCAAAAGAAUAUCUGUAAGAAAAAAACCAUUAAACAGAAUAUUGAAACAAAGAGUUUUCUUCCUUACCUACACCAUAGAUAACUUGUUUGUAUUUAAGAUUAACCAGGCUACUUGACAUAGUAUUUAUUAUAACAUUAGUAAAAGAUGAAAAUAACAUGGUAUGACAUCUUAUAUUUCUGCUGCUACAGUAUUGAAUUUUUUUUUAAAUGUCAUCUGUUUUAUAUGUAUUUGAAGUGCUUGUUUAGCAGUAAAGAUAGAUAACUUUUAAAAUGUGUGCAAUAUUGUUUUUUAUCUAAAAGUCAUGUCCAAGUGAAAAAUAAUACUUUAAGAAUUGGUUUAUCAUAUAAUGAGCACACUAAUGUGAACAUUCUCCUUACAUAAAUGUUGACAUUUAAAUAAUGCUUUGUUAUACUUGUGGAAUUCUGAUGUUUAAGAUGAAUUUUCAUCCCAUGCUAAUAACAUGGUAUAGAUAUCAUUUAAAAAAAAAAAAAAAAACCACAUCACGUAUCUUGUACUUUAUUUCAGAUUGACA